AUGGAUACCGUCAUCAACUUUCACUUCAAACGCUUCACUAAAACUCUAAUCUUCCUCCUUCCUUGCUUUCUUUGUAUAUAUUCUCAAACCUCUCUAUUGCCCCCACUACCAUUAAUACCAGACCUCUUAUCCUUCUUAGACCUCAGACUCGCGCUUAUUUACCCCAUUAUCCAAACCUUCAAGGACACAAUCACAUCUGAUCCCUUAGGCAUCACCAGCACUUGGGUUGGAUCUGAUGUAUGCAACUACACAGGUUUUUACUGUGAUCACCCGCCUGACAAUGAAUCUGCCACCGCCCUUGCGUCCAUCGAUCUCAACAGCUUUGGCCUCGAAGCCCCAACUCUUGACGGCUUCCUCGACCGACUACCGGAUCUUGCUCUCUUCCAUGCCAAUUCCAAUAAAUUUUCUGGCUUUUUGCCGGGAAAACUUGCGAAACUCCCAUUUUUAUACGAGCUAGACGUAAGUAACAAUAAAUUUUCCGGUCCUUUUCCUCAGGAAAUUCUUCAGAUGAGUGGCCUAUCAUUUUUAGAUAUUCGAUAUAAUUUCUUUUCAGGGCCUGUCCCUCCCCAACUUUUCUUGUUAAAACUAGAAAUACUCUUCCUGAAUAACAAUAAUUUUGGUCAAACUCUCCCGGAUACUCUGGGUUCUACACCGGCACGUUAUAUCACCUUGGCUAACAACAAAUUCACCGGUCCAAUACCAAGUAGCAUCGGCAAGGCUUCUGCAACGUUACAGGAAGUUUUGUUCUUGAAUAAUCUACUCUCAGGCUGUCUCCCAUAUGAACUAGGGUUUCUGAAAGAAGCUACGGUUAUUGAUGCUAGUAACAAUCUAUUAACUGGUCCAUUACCACGCUCGUUAGGGUGUUUGGGGAAGAUAGAGCAGCUCAACUUUGCUGGAAAUUUACUAUACGGGCAGGUGCCUGAAGUGUUGUGUGCAGCGGGAAGUUUGGUGAAGUUAUCUUUGUCAAAUAAUUAUUUCACUCUAGUUGGACCGUUGUGUAAGAAUCUGGUCGAUAGUGGGGUUCUUGACGUGACAAGAAAUUGUAUUCCUAAUCUUCCGAAUCAGAGAUCGGCGGCGGAGUGUGCAUCUUUCUCUUCGCGGCCUAGGACUUGUCCGCGCCCCUCAACGUUUAAUACAAUUCCUUGCAAGGUUAAGCCAAUGAGCAAUCCUCAAACGAGAACGAAGAAAAAUUCAGUUACUUAUAGUGCUCUUGAGAGACACAGAGUACCUUGA